AUGAGUGGGAGGGCGGCGGCGGCGGCGGCUGGGGACCAAGCCACGGAAGUCUGGAGCGCGGCCCCGGACUUUCUGGAAGCGUCCAACGCCAGCGCCAACGCGUCGCUGCGCCUCGGGGACCUGUGGUGGGAGCUGGGGCUGGAGCUGCCGGGGCUCCCCAUCGGGGUCGGGGACGCGGCCAGCGGGGCGACCGAGGCGCGGGUGCGCAUCCUCCUGAGCGCGGUGUACUGGGUGGUGUGCGCCCUGGGGCUGGCCGGCAACCUGCUGGUGCUCUACCUGAUGAAGAGCAAGCAGGCUUGGCGCAAGUCCUCCACCAACCUCUUCGUCACCAACCUGGCGCUCACCGACCUGCAGUUCGUGCUCACCUUGCCCUUCUGGGCGGUGGAGAACGCGCUGGACUUCAGGUGGCCCUUCGGCCGGGCCAUGUGCAAGAUCGUGCUGGGGGUGACGUCCAUGAACAUGUACGCCAGCGUCUUCUUCCUCACGUCCAUGAGCGUGGCGCGCUACCACUCGGUGGCUUCGGCCGUCCAGAGCCACCGCCGGCCCCGCCGGCCCCGCCUGGGGCCCUGCUGCGGCCGGAGCCUCGGGGCCCCGCGCGGCUGCUGGGCCCGAGCGCUGUGUGCGCUCAUCUGGGCCUCGGCGGCGCUCGCCUCGCUGCCCAACGCGCUGUUCGCCACCACCAUGCAGGUGGCGGGCGAGGAGCUGUGCCUGGUGCGCUUUCCCGACCGGGGGCUGGGCGGCGACCGGCAGCUCUGGCUGGGCCUUUACCACCUGCAGAAGGUGGUGCUGGGCUUCGUGUUGCCGCUGCUGGUUAUCAGCCUGUGCUACCUGCGGCUCCUGCGCUUCCUCUCUGAGCGCCGGCUGGUGGGCGCCGAGGCCGGGGCGGCAGCGGGGGGCGGCGUGGCCGGAGCUAGCGCGCGGCGACGCUCCAAGGUCACCAAAUCCGUCACCAUCGUGGUCCUGUCCUUCUUCCUGUGCUGGCUGCCCAACCAGGCGCUCACCGCCUGGAGCAUCCUCAUCAAGUUCAACGCCGUGCCCUUCGGCCCCGAGUACUUCGCGUGCCAGGUGUACGUGUUCCCGGUGACCGUGUGCCUGGCGCACUCCAACAGCUGCCUCAACCCGGUCCUCUACUGCCUCGUGCGCCGCGAGUUCCGCAAGGCGCUCAAGAACCUGCUGUGGCGCAUCGCGUCGCCCUCGCUCACCAGCAUGCGCCCCUUCGCCGCCACCGCCAAGCCCGAGCCCGAGGAUCCCGGGCUGCGGGCCCUGGCGCCGCUGCACCCCGCCAAGCCCGAGCCCGACCUCCUCUACUACCCGCCCGGGGUGGUGGUCUACAGCGGGGGGCGCUACGACCUGCUGCCCAGCAGCUCAGCCGACUGACACCUGCC